AUGGACGUGAUUUUCUAUGCAUCGUUGGGAGCGCCUGACUUUCCGUCGGUAAAGCAUUCAACGCCAAAGCUGCUUCGCAAUAUGGGUGGAGGUUCCUCCCGUCCGUCGCCGCCUCCGCGCGUCCCAAAGACGCUGCCGUCUACCACGAUUUGGAUCCAGCAUUUACCUCCACUCAUAUCUGAGACAACUCGUCAAGCGAUCCUGUCCAUCAGACAGAUACGCAGUCAAUACUUAACGGGGGGCAUAUCGAACAUCGCCCUCGAGGACUUGACGUCGCUCAUUGAGAGACUUGAGUUAUUGAUUGAGGAUGCUCGACACGUGGCCAACAUUCGGGACUACAUCACACUCUGCACAGAGGAGACCAUGCUGCGAUUAUUGAACGAUCAUGAACCGAUCUCGCAAAAGCUGCUUGAAAUUUCCCAUGCCGUAAAUCCAUUCCUUGGGUCACAGAGGACUGAUGCGGAGAGACUGGGGGCAGCCUCUACCUCAGGAGAAGAUGACAACCUGCCUAUUCCUUUUAGACCGUCUGAUACAUGCCUGAUAGAUGAGUCUGAGAAGGACCUCUUGGUCUUGUUGUAUUAUUGCAAUGUUGAGCUUCUCGAGGCUUCCGUCGAAGAGGCGCUGGGUCAGCUGUUGAAAAUGGCGAAAAAGUACGGCACCGUCAAGGACUUGGAUCUUCGCAAAGAAUCCCUUUCGGAAACCGAGAUCAAUAUUCACUGGAUCUUGUUCUACUUGGAGAAUAAGAUCUCCCUCGCGAUAGCCGCCGGUGGAGACCCACCCGAGUCUGGAGCCAAGCUCGACUUUGAGAGGAGCACUCGAAUGAGUCGAUUGUUGACGAUUUGUGAGAUGUUGCUCUCCGAGGGAAGAUUGGACCAAGUCUGCUUUCUCUUGAUACCUUUGCGGCGGUGCAUCGCAAGCCAGGACAAGACUUGGUGGCGGUCGAGGACAAGACGACUACUCAAAGGCAUCAAGAAGACGCGGGCCGGUAGGCAGAAGUGGCAUAUACAGCUUGCGGAUGAACAGCUGCUUUGUAUCAAGAGCCUGGAGAAUGAUGGCGGAAAGUCGUGGGGUUGGCGUGGUUCUUCCACGAUCCGGCCCGAGGCAAUUGAGAUGGGGAAGGUGAAGGGCGACUGA